CUGCGAUCAAGAAGGCGGUCCACCACGGAUUGGUCCCUGCAUUGCACAGCGCGGCGGAACAGUCCGUUCAACGGCCUUCGGGUCAUUGACAGGCGUAUUCUUUGGCACUUUCCACUUGCUGGAUCUUUACUUUCUUUUCAUCAUUUCUUCGCUACACGCGGGGGUAUGGAGAAGAGAUCCCGUACCUGUAGCUUUUGUAGUCUGUACAUAUUACAUGCAGUGUGAAGAUGGAGCCUCGUCAGGAAGAUCGGCUGUUGCCAACAACCCCUUUCGAAUGAGUCAUUCGCAAAAUGAAGGUGUUCCUGGAUGACGUUGUAUCGCCACUGUAGCCAACCAAAUAAAUAAGCUCUAUCCAACCUCUUUUAUCCGUCCUAUUCAUUCAACUCUUGCAUAUUCUUCUAUCUACUCUUACAUUCGAUCUAAGGAAACCGUGAUCGAAGCUAUACGAACAACCUAGACAGACAGACCCUCAGUCUCAAUCUGCCCAACCCGUCCAAAAUGCCUCACUUCACCAACGAACCUGAACCGCAACCGAACCCCUCAACCUCGACGACAACCUCGUCGACCGGCAGCCAGGCGGAAUACACCAACGCGCCCGACAACGCGGGCGAACAGCAGCCGAUGAGCAAGGAAGAAGCGGAUCGGUUGUACGAGGAGCGAAUGGAGGAAGAAUAUGCCAAGAGGGAGGGAGGUGCUUAGUUGACUGGCUCUGAGCUCUCUCUUUCCUUUCCAGCUUUUAUUGACUUACCACAUUCCAAUGGUGUGUGGUUUUAUGAGAAUGUACGAUAUGAUGCGAGGGGACUGGUGGUGGAUGAAGCCGUGUUGCGGAUAUAUUUCUGGUGCCAUUUGUGAGAUGGGGAAAAGGACCAGCGACCGGGCUGUUGUACUAUUUGCAUGUAUUUCAGUCUAUGAUAAAUGAACUCCCCUCUAUCUUUUACACGUAUAAUUGGAAAUUUAAACGGUGGUUGUUCGGCUGUUGACUGCGUAUGCUUGCCCACCGCGAG